AUGGCUUUCUCUUCCCAUGAAUUCUUCCCUUCUGGCAGUGCUCAGUUUUCAACGUCACAAUCGCAACCACUUUUACCCGACUUCCAAUGCUUCAUGGACUCAUCAUCGCACGACGCCAAUACUAGCGAUGCGGCAAAUGCUUCGAAUGAUUAUCUUGCGAUUUGGGGUCUUCAUGAUGGCAUGGCGACAGAUGCCUACAAUGGCCCAUCAACAAAUGAAUUUUUGCAAAGCAGCAUAAACCCAGAUGGCGCAUUUCAAGCCCCAGCAAUCACCCAGGAUACUCUGUGGAAUUUCCAGGACAAUCCAUAUCCCAUCCAUACAUUGGAUCCUGCCAUGUCUACAUUCGACGAGCCGUGGAUCAGCCCUUACAUCACCGAUGAGUUCUCAACUCAUCCAGUAGAUAUCAAUCAGACAAGGAAUGAAGAAGCCCUUUCUCAAAACCCCGCAGCACAGGACCACAACAUCCAGCCGAUAUCAGAACUUCUCUAUGACAAUCUCCACGAAAUCCCUGCCCCCCCAGUGACGCGAGAUGUAAAUGAACGGCUUUCCCGACGUAAGCAUAGGAGGGCUACAAAGAUAUCGCACGAUGCUCGAAGAGUCCUAGAAGCGCACUUCGCCCGGAACCAAUAUCCCUCAAAUGAGGACGUAUCUCGACUGAUGCGGUUCACAUCUCUAGCCCCCAAAACAGUUAAGAACUGGUUCAACAAUACCAGAGCGCGCAUCAAUCCGCAACCUGCACCAAUCAAUUCGCAACGUACGGCCUCAUAUCCGAAUCUCAACCAGCAACUAACAUCAGACCGAGGUAUUCCGUCCUCGAUUACAGUUGAACAUGAGGAAAGGAGCAACGAGAUAUGGAAAGGCGACACUGCGCGGUCUGCCAAGACAGAAGCCGACGAUGCCUCCGUUACUUCGGGGUGCUCAAGCUCUUUCUCGCUCGACAGGUAUUUGACAAUGCCUCUUGACGAAGAACCCGCGAGCACUUCUGCGAUCCAAACCGCCAUCGAAACGCAGACUCCCGACAUCGCCCCUGGAUAUUGGGACUUAUCUGGCACCUGGCGCGCCGUUGAACACGUAGUUCCAGUCCCACAGCCCGCGAACGGAGCCAUCCCAAACAACACCAACCCAGAAGACAUCGAUGAGAGCCGCUCCGACUUCGCCAGCUCCGCAGGCUCUGCAAACUCCAACCUCUCCGUCGCUAGUCGCGGCAGCCGGUCUCGUCGUCGAGGCCGAAGACGGUAUCAAAAAGACCCCUACGACGCAACGAAAUCCGACAGCAAACGUCCCCAAACCAACAAAGACCCCGCGCAGAAUCUAACGAAGUACUGCUGCACAUUCUGCGGCAACAAGUACAGGACUCUCUACGACUGGAAGCGCCACGAGGAAUCCGUGCACACGUCUCCUGUAACUUGGGUUUGCCUGGGCGACUACCAACCCGGCGACUAUGAGCCUCACCCGAACCAGCCGUACAAAGAAUGUCCAUUCUGUCCGGAAACCCGCGCAGAUGCGGAGCACAUGGCUACACACAACUGGACCGAGUGUCUCGAGAAAGCAGAAGAAGACCGCACCUUCACGCGCAAAGAUCACCUGAAACUCCACAUCAACAAGAAACACCUGAAACGCGGUGAAGGGACGCGGAGCGACAUCCAAGACGUACUAAAUAGAUGGGCGCGGCAAGCGACCCCGUAUAAACGCGAGGAUCCGGAGAUGCAUUGCGGGUUCUGCGGAUGCCGGUUCGACGAGUGGGCGAAGCGGGUUGAACAUGUUGCGGAGCACUUCAAGGGGGGUGCAGGGCUGGAGUGCUGGUGGCCUGGAAGGAGGGAAAUUUUGAAGACUUACUUGCCGUAG